AUGUCAGACCCCUACGGAUAUCAGAACCAGCAGAACCAGGGCCAGUACGGCUACCAACCCCAGCAGGGCUACGGAGGCUAUCAGCAGGGUCCUCCCCCACCUCAAUACGGCGACAAUCAGCAGCAGCACCAAUACGGCGGCAAUCAGUAUGGCGACAACCAGUACAACCAGCAAUAUGGCGCCCCGGCGCACGGCGGAUUUCAGCACGGCCAGCAUGGCGGACCUGAGAGCGUACAAUCAGAACCCCCACCUCAAGACCCCAACAACCCUUACGGCCAUCAGCAACAUCAGCAAAGCCAGUAUGGCCCCACCGAUCCGGCCGCAGGUCAAGAGGGCGAUCGUGGUCUUAUGGGAGCAGUAGCCGGCGGACUCGGCGGUGGUCUGCUUGGAAACAAGGCUGGUCAUGGCAUCAUCGGAACGAUUGCCGGCGCUUUCCUGGGUUCGAAGGCAGAGGACAAAUUCAAGGAAAGCCGCCACGACUCACAAUACCAACAGCAGUACGGAGGUGGUCAGCAGCACCACGGCCACCACGGUCAUCACAACCAGAGUGGUAGAGCCGUUUGCACGGCCAUUUCAGCAGCGCCUGUUCACAAUGCCAAAUACUUCUUUGCCUCACCCACCUACAACAAAUGGGUGAAACUCACAGCCGCCGACGUACACGCUUUGCGUCAAGUUCCUGGGUUUGAAGGUCAAAAUGUCUACUUCCAUCUCAACCACCCCAUCCGCUUCGUCUACCUCGUCGCCCCCGUCGUCGCCAUCCAAGAAAUCCCAAACACGAAAUUCCUCAUCUUGACUCUAGACGACAGCAGCGGCUCUUGCAUAGACGUCAAGAUUGAGCGCAUAGAUCCCGCCAACAGCAACCCUGACAGCCCCUCAAAUACGACCGUCGCAAAUGUAGAUAUCGACACUCCGUUCAACCGCAACACAGAAGUCAAGAUCGAUGGCCAAAUCGUGGAUAUCGCAACGGUGUUAAAAGUCAAGUGCACCAUUGGCAGUUUCAGGAGUGUCAAGCAGUUGGAUUUGAAGAGGUGCAAUAUUAUCAAGGAUACGACUGAGGAGGCUGCGGCUUGGGAGUCUUUGGCUCAAUUCAAGAGGGAUGUGCUCGCCAAACCUUGGAUAUUGGAUGCUGCCGAACAAGCCGCUUUGGACGCACAACUCCAGCAAGAAGCCAUAAAAGAGCAGGAAGAGGAAAGGAGGGAGAGACGCAGCCAGAGAGCUCACCAGAAGCGGGAAGAACUACGAGCAGAAAGAAGACAAGCUCGAGAAGAAGUGAGGGAGCAGAAACGGCUGGCUGACGAGCAGAAGUUCAACCAAGGUGCCUUGAUCUGA